AUGAGUCUGCUCCUAAGCUUGGUUGUACRCGGAACAAGUAGUAAUUCAUUGGUUAACAGGCUAGACAUACUGGCAUUGGGACAAGACUCGCUACCUAUAGAAAGACUUAUGGUGUAUGCGGCAUCGUUUGCUCCAAGAAAAKUUAUAUAUUCGACAUCGUCUGAUCUUUUUGCCUCUGUAUCACGUGACCCCUCGGGUACAGGAACUUUUCUCAUUAAUGGGAGCCUGCUUCUAGCAAAUGAUGGAAUAUGCAUCAUACCCAAUGUGAACACUCUAAAGAAUGACAGUAAAGAAAGACUUAGGAGAGUUUUAGAAACAAGAUUGGAGGCCGUUGAAGUYCCUAAAAAGUACACCGAAUACCCACARCAUUUGAGCAUACCGGUGAAGUCUUCUGUGUGGGCAUUUAAUGACGCGCAAAAUAUGGCAAUGAAAUCAAGUGUAGAAUCAUGGGAUGAUUCAACUCCGAAUCUAGGAGCAACAACCAAGGCACUUAUCAAUCGAUUCAGUCUGGUUGUUCAUAAUGUACUAAAAGACAACAAGGAUGACGAUAACACUACUGACUUGACUUUGAUGCGCGCAAUGGAAGAUUAUGAUGAAGAAARGCUCUACUUUAUUCCAGAACAGGAAAUGAAGCAGUUCCUUGAAAUUGCUUCAACAAAGACUGUGACAUUCGCUGAUUCACCCCAAAAACUGAUCCAAAGUUUCUAUUUGGCUGGAAGACGAGCAAGAAACAUGCAAGGAGACUUCCCUUUAGCCUCACUACAAACAAUAACAUCUCUGGCAGCUGCCCAUGCAAAGUUAAGUCUGCGUGACCAGGUAACUGAUGAGGAUGUGGUUGUUGCAGUACAGUUGUUUGACAGUUCUCUGAAGACAUCACAUGGGGUUGAAAAACAAUUAGCCACGCCCUUUUUUCAAGACUUCUGGGAUCUUUUAYAGGUCUAG